UUCCAAAUCAACCUCGCUCCUUCUACAAAUACCAAACCCCAAUUUCACUUUUCUCUUCACUACUCGAAAAUGGAAAUAAUAAAAAAACGCUCUCUUCUCUCUCUUGCCAUGUGUUUUUUUCUUUUGUUUAGUUGUUGCUUCUCCCAUAUAGAGCAACAACAAAGCUUCUCAUGGGAGAAGCUUCAACAACAACAGCAACACCGGCCCGGCCGAGCCAAAACUGACUGCCGGAUCCAGAGCCUUAAUGCUCGGGAACCGACACUUAGGUUUGACUCAGAGGCUGGGACCACCGAGUUCUGGGAACGGAACUCGGAGGAAUUUGAAUGCGCUGGAGUUGCUGUUGUUAGAAAUAAUAUUCAACCUCAAGGGUUACUAUUGCCUCAUUAUAAUAAUGCUCCUCAACUACUAUACAUUGUUCAAGGAAGGGGGUUGCUCGGAUUAGUAAUACCAGGAUGUGCUGAAACAUUUGAAACACCACAAAGAGAGAGAAGCAUGAGAGGAGAAGAAAGUAGAGAAGCAGAAAGUCAUGGCGGUGAUCGCCAUCAGAAAGUCAGGCAAUUUCAACAGGGUGAUGUACUAGCAUUGCCUGCUGGUUUCACACUUUGGUUGUAUAACAAUGGCCAAGAAAACCUUGUUACUGUUGCCUUGCUUGACACUGCCAAUCCAAUCAAUCAGCUCGACCUUGAAUUCAGGCAUUUCUUCCUAGCAGGAAAUCCACAUCCCAAAGGACUAAGUGGAAGUAGGUACGAAGAAGAAAUCGAAAGUCUAAAAGAACAGGAAUCAGACAACUUUGUCCAUGGAUAUGAUCCAAAUCUCCUCGCGGAGGUUUUCAAUGUGGAUCGGGAGUUUGUCACGAGGUUAGAGGGCCGAGAAGAUCAAAGGGGCCAAAUAGUUCGGGCCGAGAGGUUCGAUGUUUUGAGCCCGGAAUUCGAACAAGAAGAAGAACAAGAGCAACCCUAUAGGCCCGGAAGAGAAGGAUCACGGCCCAAUGGGCUCGAUCAAACUAUUUGCACCAUGUGGCUGAGAGAGAAUUUGGGCCGCCCGUCCCGUGCUGACGAGUACAAUCCACGUGGAGGACUCGUCAGCACUCUUAAUAGCAACAAGCUGCCAAUCCUCAAUUGGCUACAACUUAGUGCUGAAAGAGGAGUCCUUUACCAAAAUGCAGUGAUGGCACCAUACUGGAACACUAAUGCCCACAGCAUCAUCUACAUCAUCCGAGGUAAUGGUCGGUUUCAGGUGGUCGGGGACACUGGGAACUCUGUCUUCGAUGGCGAGGUCAGGCAGGGACAAAUGAUCAUCGUGCCACAAAACUUUGCGAUAGUGAAAAAGGCAGGAGACCAAGGACUCGAAUACAUUGCCUUCAAGACCAAUGAUCAAGCCAUGACAAGCCCAUUAGCCGGGCGCUUAUCGGUUAUUCGGGCCAUGCCAGAAGAAGUGCUGAUGAACUCAUAUCAAAUUUCCAGGCAAGAUGGAAGGAGAUUGAAGUAUAAUAGGGAGGAAGCAACUGUUUUUGCAGGAAGAAUGUCAACAUGAUAUUCAACUAGGCCAAUGGAGUAUGCUUUGAAUGCUGUUGAGGCUUUCUUAAAAGUCUAAUUAAGUUUUUGUUCUUUGCAAUAAUAAUGUAAAGUUUAUGAGAGAAUAAAUAAGUUUUUGAUGAAAUUAUGAUAAUAAAUGAGUUGAGUGGUG